GUUGUACCAAAGUUGGAGUAGUCUUUAAUUCUGACAUUAUUAUGAAACAAAAUUUGGAUUUGACAUUUCUGGUUUAAAUUUGUGACAAAAAUCUAUUCAACUUAUAUAAAAACUUAAGUUUCUCUUUUGUUGUUACAAGGACUGUAGUUGGAAGCAAGAUGUGAAGCGUAUUUCCUUGCAUAUUCCAGAUGAUUUGAUUGACAUCUGAGACAUUGAUAAUGAUGACCAAAUACGCAACGAGACUUGUGCUGAGAGGUAUUAUUAAUAUUCCACUUUUGAAGCAAAUAUGUUCACUCUUGGAUGAAAAUUUGAAGCGAGAUGUUCUACCUUUUUUUCACUUUUGCUCAAAUACUAUUCACUCUUGGAUGAGAACAUACAUACAUUAACAUUAACCACUACAGAGAAAAGGUAUUCACUUUCUCUAUACAAAGAGUAUGAUUCUAGUAGUUACUCUGUUUCAAUGGCUACUAUGUUUCAGUUUCCGUAUAUAGAGUUUGAGAAGUAGUUGAUCUUCAAACAUCUUACACUAAGGUCAGAAUUCAAGUUUCAGAAGUAGAUUAUCUCAGUUAAUGACAUCACACAUUUCCGAAUGUUUCAGAUUAUGAAUCCUGCCGUAUGCAAAAACAGAUUCAUGGCUAGUCUAUAUAUCCUUAUGCGAUUGUGUUAAUGCAUGUAACGUCUGCACUAUUACCAAUGCAUGGCUAGUCUAUAUAUCCUUAUGCGAUUGUGUUAAUGAGCGAUUGCAAAGGAACAUAAAGUAAAUAACACAUAUACAUUUUUUAACGAGGUCCAUCUCCCGGACUACAUCCAAAACUCAUUUAAUAGAAAAGAACACAAACGACUUUACUCUAUGGUAACCACUCUUAACUAGAUUUAUAAUAAAGAGCAACUACUAUCUUCUCUGACAAAUAUAGUUUUCUAUAACAAAACUACCAACAGAUAGGAUGUCUCACAGACAUCCAUUUGCAUCUUCAAUAAACCCUAGACCUGUAACUGAUUUUCUGUCACCGUUUCGUUAUCUUUAUACUCCAAUCCAAUCGAACAAACCCUAAAGCCCACUAAUCUCAGUUAGGCUUUUGCUUUGUAAACAAGGUCUAAUUCUUCUUAGUAAUCAAGCCCACGUGACUCUUUCCUAUCACCAUGGUUCAAUGCCACAUCAUCACAUUGUACUCGAACCCAACUUGUAUGUCCAUGACACCUCGUGCCAUUCCCAUACACCAGAUCAGACGUUAGAGAUCUUGUGUAACACAUGUCAUCAUAUCAAGUUAUUGCUUCAGCGAAACACCAUCUUUGGAUCACUCUUGUGCGUUUCUUCCACUCUCGCAUUUGCGCCUCAGUACACAUACUGUGUACGCAACAUGUUCUAACAAGUUCCUAAGUCAGUCAUCAAUAUAACUCAGUCAACACAACUCUUCACCCUAUAAUAUAUGUAAACUGGAUGGAGUUAUAGGUUCAGAAAAAAAUCUUUUCUCUUGACUUUAAUUACAUGUGGAUGGAACAAGUUAAGUUUUUCUUCUUCUUUUUUAAAUGUGGAACAAAGUUUUGGACCUCAGUGCUUAAGCCCAUAUGCAAUAUAAGCGAGACUAAAAUAUAAGCGACAGUUUGGUCUUUAGUUAAAGUUGUGGUGAUAUAACUAUAUAAGCAAUACUAUAUAUGUUGCGAGCUUUUUGUUCCGUGGAUCAUGUUGCUUCUCUAACUCAAUUUCCCUUGCCCAUAACUGCAACACGUUAAGGAUCUCUAAUGCAUAAAUACAAAGGAAGAAGAAACGGAGUUGUAAAACAUACAGUACUGUAUUACCUUGAGCAUUGACCUUUAUGAAACGUGAGGGCCAGAGGCUUGCGUUUCUCAUUUACUGUAGUGUGACAGAGUUGAAGAAAGACUAUUAGUUAGCUUUGAUAUUAUUUAAAGCAUAGACUGUGAGGUUAAAUGUGAAUUUGCUGAUGAAUCCUUAUUGAAUUAUUCAUACUGGCAUUCAGACAGACACACACACACAUACACUCAUUGCAUAUUUGUUCAAAUUGUUAUGGUCAUUAUAAUUGUAUAAUUCCACUUGACAUGAGUUGUAAAUGCACUUGAGAACUUGUAUUUUGUGAAAUGAGUUAUAAUACCAGCAUGGCCUUGUUGAUGAUCAAAACCACUUUCGGCUAGGACGUCUUUUUGCUAGGUAUGGUGUUAUCUUCCCCACAAUUUGGCUUCAGCCUAGCUUUUUUCCUCUACAUAAAAACUGAAUCACUAACUAAACUUCAAAUGUUUUUGCACUGUAAGUGUUACAGUUUUUACUUGGCAUAGCAAACUUUAACUUUGUGUUCAAGUCUCAGACAUGCAUUUACUGUGUGGAUGUGACAAAACAAAUGGAAAGAGUGUGUGAUCAGAUAAAGAUGUACUUUGGUUGAACAUAGUCCAACAUGUUUUUAAAAAAAAAAAAAUGUUUAUUUAUAAGUUUUCCUUUUGUCAGUGUAAUUCAUAACCAGCUAGCUUCUGUUGGCUUUGACUGUAAUUUAUAACAUUAUAUGGGGUUAAACUGUAAAUAACAUGAUCUUUUUACAUGUAAACUCUGUUUUCUUCCCUUUGACUCAACUUUGUCUAUAAGUUUCGUUGUUCUUGACUCAUUUCUCUUUCAAACAUAGUCUCUCUCCAUGUCUGAAAGUGACGAAGAUGUUGCUGAUCUUCCCCGUUUCUUCAAGGUCUUCCUCCCAGAAACUGCUUCUGAAUCAAUGGCGAUUCCAAAGUCUUUCAAUGCGCAUCUUCAAGACCCACUGCCACAAACAGCUAAGCUCCAAGGCAUUGGAGGUGGUGUUUGGACUGUGAGUUUCAAGAAGAUACGUGGCGUUGCGUAUUUCACUUCAGGGUGGUCCAAGUUUGCAGAGGACCAUGAACUCAAGCACGGAGAGUUCUUGACCUUUGUCUACGACGGUUCCCACACUUUCGAGGUCAGCGUCUUUGGUCGUUCGGAAUGUAAGGAGAUAAGAGCUGUCGUGGAGACAGUCAACCUCUCUGAUGCUAAUUCUGACGAAGAAGAAGAAGAAGAUUCUUCAGUGGUUGCUGCUGAUUCGAAUGAGGGUGAUGAUCCUUCUUUCCAUGCUGGUGAAGAUGAUGAGGUCAGCCAGAGUAUCAACCCUGUUGACAGUGAUGACACAGUAUCUGUUGCUGAAGUUGUUGCAGGGUUUCCUAAUUUGGAGGUUGAGUCUAAUCCAUGCUUUACUACUACCCUCAAGAAAAGGAUCUAUGACGUGUUGAUUCCUGCAGCUGUGGUGAAAGAACAUGGACUUACAUUUUGUGACCGCAUCAAGUACAUCGAUGGAGAAGGGAUCUUGGAUGGGGCUAUACUGAACUGUUCUUAUUAUGGCAUUUCCUUCAAAGGAUGGGGCAGGAUUUGUAGAAGGAACAGGCUUAAAGAGAAUGAUACUGUCCACUGUGAGAUGCUUCAUAUUAGGAAGAAAGUUCAUUCAAUCAAGAUCACGAUCACUCGUGGUUGAAUUACUCAUCAUCAUUAUCAGUUCACACCACACCCUUCAUCAAUCACUUAUUCACUAUCAUGAGUUCUAUUGCUUUUUGUUUGUUUUAGGUGUGUGGUAGUUUUAUUCUCAGGUUUUAUCCUAGUAGUACUUUCUUUAUUUGAAUUCUUAUUAUGUAAUGCAUCUAUGAUUUUUAAGUAUGUUUCCAAGCUUAAAAAAAAAUCCAACAAGCUUCAUAUAACAGAGAGAGUGAAGCAAAAUGUGGAGUUCUUCACUUUUGCUCAAAUAUUAUUCACUCUUGGAUGAGAACAUACAUGCAUUAACACUCCUUUUUUUCUUUGUAUUUCCUAUCGUCUAUUGGCUGCACAAGAUAGAUGCUCUGAGCCUAUGAAAAUGUUGCGCUGCCAUGUUGUCAAGAAGAAGUCGCAGCAGAACAUGAGGACACCAUGGACGAGUGCAUGCGUGCGGUCCAACAACAUAUAUGAAAAAAUAAUAAUGGGCCGCCCCAUGAGUCAAUUUAUAAUUCACAUAAUUCCACACUCUUGUUUCUGUGAGCUUUGAGGAAAGUACAGGCAGCCUAUACCAAAGUUUAGAUAUAGAUUCUUCGUUAGGUGUAUAGCUUUUAAGUUUUAACAGAAUCUUAUUGCGUUCUUUCUGACAAAUUGAAGGUUACAUUGU